AUGCCACUAAGUCAAAGUUUAAAAGCCACGCUACUCACAAUAACAUGGCUACCUGUGCUUUACACAUUCACCAACCAUGUGUAUCAACCUUACCAAGUCUCCGGCUCAUCCAUGACCCCAACAUUCAACCCGGGAACAGCAACAACUUCAAAAGACAUAGUGCUUGUACAGAAAUACAACAUCAAGACCAAGGACAACAGCAUAUCUCGAGGCGAUGUCGUUAUGUUUCGUCUGCCCUUGGACCCGGAAAAGUUGUUGACUAAAAGAGUGGUUGGAAUCAAUGGAGAUGUUGUACUACCGUCUUCACUGUAUCCUAAGCUGGAGGUGAAAAUACCACGAAAUCAUUAUUGGGUUGAAGGGGAUAAUCAGGUGCACUCUAUAGAUUCCAAUGAGUUUGGGCCCAUUAGUAAAGGUUUGGUGGUGGGGAAAGUGGUGAUGAUUCUUUGGCCCUUGAGUCGGUUUGGACUGACUUUGGAGAGGCAAUGGGGCGAAAACUAG